CGCUAGGAAGGAGGCUUUCCCAACAAAUGAAGUGAAAGCGGCUCCGUGAGAAACUCCGUGAUCGAUCUCGCUAGCUUGCGAAACUUUCGUAAUUCGUCUUUCGCUGCGAAAGACGAAACAUAUGGCGAGUUGUCAUAACUUGCCACUAUCACUCUAAGUCUUCAAGAUCAAUUCUAACGUACUGAUAAUGCUGAAGUAUGUGGAUUAAUAGGGAACGAUCAGGGACUCUGCCAAUCUGGAAAAGUCGCUGCGUGCUGUCCAUGGAUUGUCGAGAACGUACUAAGCUGGCAGUCCUCCAAGCAACAGCAUUGGCAUCGCUUCAGAACGUCGUAAAGGGCGUCAAGAUCGCUGUGGAAGAGGAGGAGGAAUGCUGGACAAUAUCAAAUCCACAUCUCUUGUCAAAAGCAGGACGACUGAUGACCGUUCUUGUGAUCGUCAUUGCGGCGGACCUCUUGGCAAUUUGGCAUAGGUUCUCUGAAGAAGACCGGACUGUGUGUAUACUAUGUAGCUGCUUGGUGAUUCUCAUGAGCCUUCUGAGACGGCAUUGCGUCCAACAACGCAGAACGUGUAUCCUUCCAGAAGGAGCCCUUGCAUAUGUGCAGUGGAUGUUUAGGCACCUCGUCGGUAUGAUCGCUAGUAACACACCUCCAACCCUCGUGGAGGAUGUCGGCCAGACUCGGGUGACAGUGUAUAUAGGUUUCAUGAGUUUUAUGAUUCUCAUUUGGGAACACAUCAUCACAUUUGGAGAUGAAGUCGAGUACAUUUGGAAGGGCAGGAAGGGCCCCAUUGUUUGGCUAUUCUUCCUCAAUCGUUACCUCACGCCUCUGGGUUUCAUCAUCAAUCUUUUUGCCUACCUGUCUCCGUCAUGGACCCAAGAGGGUGCUAUGAUUGUGGUUGGACUGAAUAUAACAGCCCUCAUGAUGUUUCUUCGCGUGUAUGCUCUCUAUCCUACUCGUUAUGUCGUAUUGGCUGUCGUGGGUAUAGUAUUCUGUGCUGAACUGGCAGUCAAUGCCUGGCUAACCUCACACGGGCAAGCCGUAGUCCACAACUCUCAAAUCCAUGCUUGCACUAUGGUAUUUGAUCCCUCAAUCGGGGCCAUUGCGUCUGCGUCUGCCUGGUUACCCCUGCUCUACGAUACCAUCGUCUUCAUUCUCAUUGUCAAACGCACAUUACAACCUGUCCGCCGACAUGCUGCUGGCAAAAUAAUCAAAGUUCUGCUCCGAGACGGUGUGUUAUAUUAUAGCGUUAUCUUCUCUCGUAGUUGGAACAACUAUUGACAGUCGCGAUGAUGUCACGUAUUACGCUCCACCUCAAGAAACAAAGCCGAAUAAACAGACCAAUAGCAGAGUUCAAGGGAAUUUCUGCACCCUCUGUCGGACCUUCUAAUAUGCUUCGUUUCACUCGUUCGCAUCACGGUGUCACCAACGCUAUCAAUCCUGAAGUUACGGUCACUAUUGAAGAACUCGUCACUCACGACGAUGGAUCUGUGAAUAUCAGUGAUCGUCCAGGUACUAUCGGUCAACAAAGCAAGAAAGUGGAGUGGCAGAAGAUGCAAAACGUGAAUCGAGCUCCGAAUCCUCUGUGUAUUUAUAUGCUUACCCGUCGUUGUAGCUACUAUUCGAUGUAAGAU